CGUCGUUUCGUGAGUCGUGUGGGUGUUGUUGAGUGAAUUCAGUUGAAUUGGUUUCGGCGCACUGUGCUCUGUAGUUUGUUUGCCUGGCCGCCUAGCUUCGUCGCAACUACCAGACACUCGCUCAGUUGAUUGCUAGCAGAUUACUCGCGCAAGCAUCAUCAUGAAGGUUUGGAUCGCUGCCCUGUGCGGAGCACUGCUAGUGCACAGCACCGCUGCCUUCCUCUUCUACCAGCCACGAGUUCCGAAUGCCGGCGACCGAAGCAAAAACGUGUCGUCACGCGUACCUGCACCAUACGGUAUCUCGAACACAUUCUGUGAUUCCGUGGGACACGUGGCUAGCUGCACCGGGCCACCAUCCGGCAGAGGAAACCCUUUUGGCAAGGCCUUCAAUAGCUUGGGAAGAAUGUGGUCCGAUGCGAUCUGCAUGGCGGACAGUGACGGUGAUGGCGUUGCUAACGGAGCAGAGCUUGGAGACCCCAACUGUACCUUCACACAGGGUGGCACACCAACAUUCACCACUGGCAUUAGCCACCCAGGAUUUGCCUGCUCAACAGCUGCCGAUCCAUUCUGCUUGUCUUCCCUCAAGUCACCACCCGGAUCAACACCUGGAUCAACAACUGGAUCAACACGUGAAUCCUGCACGACAACUAGCGCGGAAAAUCAGACGUCAUACACACUUGGGACUGUGAUCGGCGGUGUUAUCGCUGGAAUCUUUAUCGGGAUAAUAGCAAUGAUGGUGGUGGCCAUAAUAGCAAAUCGGAAGAUGCAAAGCAAACCCGUCAAGACCGACGUUCCAGGUCAGACGCAAAAUGCAGCAUAUGAAGGCGCUGAUAUUGCGGAGAGUUCCCUCACCAAAAGUGAUGCUUAUGGUGUUGUUGAAUCCUCCGCGGAACCAGAGUAUGAAUUUGUUUGCCCGUAGUAACUCACUGAUUGUGCGCAUUUCAACAUUUUCUGUAGUUUGGUGAGCUUCUCUGCGUUCUUUGCCUAUUGUUUUGCCUUAGCACAAUUAAUCUCAAUAUACUGCAUGCGGGUAUCGUUCAUUGUCUAGUAGGAUUGCUUUACUUUGGAAUGCUCUGCCCUUUGAAAUGAAGGCUUGUAAUACGUCUUCUGCAUUUAACGCCCAUCUUGCCUGCCUUCUUAAUGACGGGCCACAAUGUACCCGGUUAAAACAGCUCCUUUUUUGAAAUUUUUUUCAAUGAGUGAUGUGUCGCUUUGUUUUGCUUUAAUUGGUGCUUUUCUCCAAUGUCAUGCAGUCGUAUUUAUUCAGCUUUUAUUUCUUGUGUACUUGCAUACUGGUAUUAGUUUAGUCCCACAACCUGCGAUAACAUGAUCAGCUGUAGCGCCUACUCCACUUUUAUGUUUAUGUAUCUAUGUCAUUCGGAUCUUCCCAAGUUGUACAUUGUACUGUUGAGAUACCGAAUUCAAAUAAAUCAAUCCCAAAAAAAUACCAACAUACAUUCUUGCAUUUCUACUCCGUCGCAACGAUUUUCUUAAUCAGUUUUUUUGCAAUUCCUCAGUUUGGUGUUUAGUUUUAAUCGUUUUAUUCAAAGCAAUACAUGGCUGGGGUAGCCAAUGAACACUUUGCGUGGUGACUGCAGGGUUUUUAUAACCACAACGUACUCUCCACCGACUCCUUUAUUCUCAUGCUAUCUUUAGAUUACGUUCCUCUGUGAGUGUGCUCCCAACGAA